CAAAAGGUAAUAACUAAUUAGCCGUAAACACAAAUGAAACCUGUGGAGUAUCCCUCUCGGCCUCAUCAACAUGUCGUGUUUUGUAAGGUUUAGAAAAAGAACGGUUUUGCCCCUCCCCUCAAAGUGAGUUUGACACCAUAAAAAUCAUUCUAUAAUAACCCUCUUAUCGAAAGAUCCAAUUCUGCCAUCACCAUGAUGUGAUUUACAACCCCGUGAUGAAAUUUAGGCAACCCCGUGCCUCAUCACUUCAUACCUUCAGUGUGAAAAGUUUCACAAGCGCAUCUUAGUUUUCAGAAAAAAUCAAUCUAAGAUAGAACGAACGGUAUCAGUAAAGCCUGGGUGUAAUCUCAGCGCAAAAAAGGCUCUCGAGGGCUUGCUUGAUGGAGUGGACGAUAGCUUCAUGACGUUAUGGGUUAUUUUUACCGCGACAAACACUGGAAAUACAACUUUAGGCACAAAUGUCGCACGGAUGAAUAGAUUCGUUGAUCCAAUGAAGAUUUUCAGUGAUUUGAGGAAUAGCAAGAGACUUGUUUCAUAAAGCUAUCAUCUGAUGUUUCCACAUUUAUUUUUCUGCCACCACGUAGGACAUUGUUUGAUGGUCAAAAGAGUGCGAGUAAUGAAAAUCAUCUUUACGCUGAUGCACUGGAAAAGCUGCUGCGCGGCUGGGACAACGUGCACCGCGCGCGGAACGGCAGCAGUUGGGAGGCCUGCUUGGGCCUGCCUGGCGCAAAGGCCCAACGGCCCAAACCACAGACAGACGUGGAAUUGGCAGUCUGGAUAUAGCCUUCCGGGCCCGGCGCCGUCCUGAAAGGCCCAUGUGUGUACACUGUACACUGCCAUGCGCGCCUGCAGGCCACGGCAGGCCGGCCAGCAGAGGGCGCUGCUUUUUCGCUUGGAGCUUUGGAGCCUGCUCCGACCCGUUUCGCCGUUUGUUUCGCAGAGUGGCAGAGUGGACCGCUGUCGGCGCGGCGCUGUGCUGCGCUGUGCAAACACUCGCGGCCGCGUCCGCCGCGUCCGCCGCGCGCCGUGUUGACUCCGCGGGCUCAUUCCCCACAGCGCCUCGUCGCUCUGUCUCUCUCGCGCCCCUGCGGGACGGCCCAUGAGUGCGAGCGAGACGGAGCGGCGAAAGCCCUGUCCGGAACCAGCCCACUGGUGGCGGCCGGGUCGCAGGCUCUCGGCGCACGGCCCCGCCACAGCCGCCACGGCCACUGCAGGCGCGAGGAUGCCCGCGUCAUGGGACUCCGGCUGGUGUGGCUGCUGGCGGCGGGGGCGGCCUUGGGGGCGGCCUUCGGGGCGGCGGCCACCACCACCACCCCGGCGCCCAUCGUCGUGGACCCGGCCACGGGCUGCUCCUGCACACUGCACGAGCCCUCCGUCCUCAUUUGCUUCGACAUGCUGGCCUGCGCUCGCUUCCCCGCCAACGUGACGGUACCGUCGACCCGGGGCGUCGCCGGCCAAGACACGGCCACCAUGUACGUGAGGGGCACGCGCAUCGCGGUGCUGGCCGUGGGUGACCUGGCGGGCCUGACGCACCUCACGGAGAUGGGCUUCGACAACAGCAAGGCCCUGACGCUGGUGGAGCCGCGCGCCUUCCAGGACAUGCGCCACCUCGUCAACCUGAGCAUGUCGUUCAACCCGAGGCUCACGCACCUCGACGCCGACGCGCUGCUGGGGCUGGUGGCCCUCCGCGAGCUCGUCCUGGUCCGCAACGGCUUUGUGACCCUGUCCGCCGACGUGACCCCCUCGCUGCGGCCCGCCGUGCUGCCCCAGCUGCGCGUCCUCGUCCUCGACCAGAACGUCCUCGGCGAGGUGGCGGCCGACGCCUUCCUGCCCAUGGACGGCGCGCCGCUGCAGCAGCUGAGUCUGACUCGCUGCGACGUGGCCACCGUGCACCGGGGCUGGCUGGCGCCGCUGCGGCAGCUGGCCGUGCUGCGGCUGGCCGACAACGCGCUGAGCCUGGCCGCGCUGGCCGACAGCCUGGACCUCCUGCCCCGCGGUGGCCAGCGCGUGGCGCUGCGCACGCUGGACCUGGGCGCCGUCGGGAUCAACAUCGGGCUGCACGGCGUGGCGCUGCCGGCCUCGGCCUUCACCUCCACGACGGACUUGGGCGCGGCGUCCACCGUAGAUCACGUGUCCGAGGCCCCCACCGUUGAGUCCAAGGCACGCCCUGACGCUCACAUGGAGCUGCUCCGAGCCAUCGCCAGGUCAAGGGUGGAGGAAUUGGUCCUUCGGCAAAACAGGGUGGAGCGCCUCUGGCCGUCGCUGUUCCCCAGGAUGCCGCGCCUGCGGCGACUCGACCUGAGCCGCGUCGAGCUGUCCGAGGGGCUGCCCGGGGCGCUGGACGCCCACGUACUGCCCUCGCUGCAGGCCCUGGACCUGAGCUUCAACCGGCUGCGGGCGCUGCGUCCCGGCUUCGUCUCGGACGAACUGCUGUCCCUGGACCUGGGCAACAGCCUGGCCACGUACUUCGACGUGGGCGACAGCUCCUUCCGCGGCCUGCACCGGCUGCGCGAGCUGCGCCUGUCGUACAGCCGCGUGGUGCGCCUCACCAACGCCACCUUCGUGGGCCUGGACAGCCUCGAGGUGCUGGAGCUGCGCAACGCCACCAUCUUCCAGCUGGACGACGGCGUGUUCGCGACGCUGCCGCGCCUGCAGCGCCUGGACCUGCACCGCAACGAGUUCCCCAAGCACGCCCUGCUGCGCGCCGACAUGUUCCUGGGCCUCGGCCGCCUGCGCGUGCUGCUGCUGGGUGCCUCUGGGGUGCGCAGCCUGGGCACGGACGUGUUCCGCCACCUGCCGGCGCUGGAGGAGCUCGAGCUGCAGGACAACGCCCUGACGACGCUGGACGGGUGCGCGGCCUUCCGCCCGCUGCGCGCCCUGCGCCUCCUCGACGUGUCGCACAACCGUUUCGGCUCGUGGCAGAGCGCGCGCCUGUUCGACCGCAACGAGGCCCUGCGCGAGGUGCGGGCGGCGGGCAACACGCUCACCUACCUCAGCGAGGCCAUGCUGCGGGACCUGGGCGGGCUGCGCGUCGUGGACCUGGCCGACAACACCUUCCACUGCGGCUGCGACCUGUUCCGGCCGGCCAGCGCGCUGCUCGACAAGGACAACGGCCUGCUCGAGUACAAGUGCCUGUCGCCGGACCGGUGGCGCGGACGCAGCCUGGGCGAGUACGUGCGCUGGGCGGCCGACAGCGGCGACUGCACGCUGACCUCCGCCGCCACGAAGGCGCCGGCGACGCUGCUCGUGGUGCUGCUGCCCGUGAUGCUGGUGCUGCUGCUGGCGCUGGCCGUCGUCGCCACGAUGGCCUACCGCCAUCGGCACCAGCUUCGCCUGCACUGGGACGCGGCCAGGCGGAGGAAGGCCGCGGACGGCGUGGGCAACUACCAGUACGACGCCUUCGUGUCGUACAGCAGCGAGGACCAGGUGUUCGUGCACAAGCUGGUGGCCGAGCUGGAGGGCGGCGAGCCCCGCCUGCGGCUGUGCGUGUACGAGCGCGACUUCGCGGUGGGCGCGGCCAUCACGGAGGAGGUGCUGCAGGCCGUGGCGCAGAGCAGGCGCGUGCUGCUGGUGGUGAGCCAGGCCUUCGCGCGCUCGCACUGGUGCGCCUGGGAGACGCACAUCGCGCACCACCAGCGCCUGCACUGCGGCCGCGAGGACGCUCUGCUCGUGGUGCGCCUGGGCGCCGUGGACGAGGCCCUGCUCACGCCCACGCUGCGCUACCUCCUGCAGACCCGCAUCUACCUGGAGUGGCGGCACGGCGACGACCGGGACGACCGGACGCACCAGGCCUUCUGGAGGAAGCUGCGCGCCGCCCUGGCGCCCUCGCCGUCGCGCAGUGCUGCCGGUGCCGCGGUCACGUGACCGGCGCACUCGCUCCGCACUUACCACCUGUCUCUCUCACACUCAGAGCGCGCCCCGAAUAGGUGCGAGAGAGAGACGGCGACGAAACGCUGAGUGAGGAAUCCAGUCGGCAGCGUGCUAAUUGGCGGGACAAAGCUCGGACUGAGUGAGUCGUGGUGCCGAACAGGAAAGAGCGACGAACAGACACAUUCGAUAACAACGAUUUAAUUUAAAUAUAUUAUUAUAUACAUUA